GGGGCAGUGGCAAGAGCCACGCGCACCGCCAGCGCGGGGGCCGUGGGAUGGGGGAGGCGGGGAGAGGGGGCGCCCGUGCUGACUAGAGUCAACCGCACACUUCAAAAGGGGGUCCCGGCUGCUCUCUCCCUGAACUUCAAAGCAGCCCGCUCUGCCCCGACCGCCUCGCUGCGCUGUGGAGCCUCGCCGCCCGGAGCCCGCCUGGUGGCCAUGACCCGGGUGCUCCGCUCCGCGCUCCGCCAGGUGCUCCUGCUGCUCGCCGCCGCCGAGCUCUCUGCAGGAUUGAAGUGUGUAUGUCUUCUAUGUGAUUCGUCAAACUUUACCUGCCAAACAGAAGGCGCAUGUUGGGCUUCAGUCAUGCUAACCAAUGGCCAAGAACAGGUGGUCAAGUCCUGUGUCUCUCUCCCGGAAUUAAAUGCUCAAGUCUUCUGUCAUAGUUCCAACAAUGUUACCAAGACUGAAUGCUGCUUCACAGAUUUUUGUAACAACAUAACACUGCACCUUCCAACAGCCUCACCGAAUACCCCCAAGCUUGGACCCAUGGAGCUGACCAUUGUUAUUACUGUGCCAAUUUGCCUCUUGUCUGUAGCUGCAAUGCUAACUGUAUGGACGUGCCAAGGUCGACAGUGCACAUACAGGAAGAAAAAGAGACAGAACGUGGAGGAACCGCUUUCUGAGUGCAACCUAGUCAGUGCGGGGAGGACACUUAAAGAUUUGAUUUAUGAUGUGACCGCCUCUGGAUCAGGGUCUGGUCUUCCUCUGUUGGUCCAAAGAACAAUUGCACGGACGAUUGUACUGCAGGAAAUAGUAGGAAAAGGUCGGUUCGGUGAGGUGUGGCAUGGAAGAUGGUGUGGGGAAGAUGUGGCUGUGAAAAUAUUCUCCUCCAGGGAUGAAAGAUCUUGGUUUCGUGAGGCAGAAAUCUAUCAGACUGUUAUGCUUCGACAUGAGAAUAUCCUUGGCUUCAUUGCUGCUGACAAUAAAGAUAAUGGAACUUGGACCCAGCUUUGGCUUGUAUCAGAAUAUCAUGAACAGGGCUCCUUGUAUGACUAUUUGAAUAGAAACAUAGUGACAGUGGCUGGAAUGAUCAAAUUGGCACUUUCAAUAGCUAGUGGUCUAGCCCACCUUCAUAUGGAGAUUGUUGGUACACAAGGUAAACCUGCAAUUGCUCAUCGAGAUAUAAAAUCAAAGAAUAUUUUAGUGAAAAAAUGUGAAACUUGUGCCAUUGCGGACUUAGGCUUGGCUGUGAAACAUGAUUCAGUACUAAACACUAUUGACAUACCUCAGAAUCCUAGAGUGGGGACCAAGAGGUAUAUGGCUCCAGAACUUCUUGAUGAUACUAUGAAUGUGAAUAUCUUUGAGUCCUUCAAACGAGCUGACAUUUACUCUGUUGGUCUGGUUUACUGGGAAAUAGCCCGCAGGUGUUCAGUUGGAGGAAUUACAGAGGACUAUCAGUUGCCUUAUUAUGACAUGGUGCCUUCAGAUCCCUCAAUAGAGGAAAUGAAGAAAGUCGUUUGUGACCAGAAGUUCCGGCCAAAUAUCCCAAACCAGUGGCAAAGUUGUGAAGCACUCCGAGUCAUGGGGAGAAUAAUGCGUGAAUGUUGGUAUGCCAAUGGGGCAGCUCGCCUAACUGCCCUCCGUAUUAAGAAAACUAUUUCUCAACUUUGUGUCAAAGAAGACUGCAAAGCCUAAAGAUGAUUGUGUUUAAAAGGAAUCUCUCACAGCUUUUGUUCUCAUUUUUCCUCCUUAUGUGAAUGUUCUGCCUUUUUGUUUUAUUUUAUUUUGGUUCUACCUCACAGAUAAUGCAGUACAGUAUUUAAGUGCUCAAAGGCAACAGGAAAAGAUUGUUCUAAAGCUAAACAUGGGC